AUGUACAUGAUGUGGCCUCCUGAGUAUGAGGUCGUGUACCCACUCGUAGUCGAAGCUGACAGCAAGAGAAGUGUUGGCAACGGAGCCAUUGCAGCCUCUUUCCUUGAACUGGAAGUCGAAGCCUUCGGAGAGACACUCAUCCUCAACGUGGACCACGAUGACAGCAACUAUGCUCCUGGGCUCGAGGCUGAGAUUUACACCGAUGAAGGCAUCCAGAGGGUGCCACUCAGGACAGACUGCGUCUACACGGGGAAGGUAGCUGGGGAACAGAACUCCAUCGCUUCGGUUACCACUUGUGACGGCUUGAUGGCGGUGAUAUUUCGCAACGACGGGCGCGGUGAGCUUUACAUCGAGCCACUAGAAGACAAACAUGCCGCCAAAAGGGAUGUUGGGCGUGGCCACCCGCACGUUGCUUAUAAGAACAGACCACAAAAAGGCGGGGCUUUCUGCUCAGCUAUCGACCCGCCCAUCAUGCCCAUUUCCGCCGAGGAGCCUGUAGACACUGAAUCAACCAAGUAUCUGGAGCUGGCGUUCAUUGCCGAUUCGUCGUACACUUCCAGUCGUGGAUCUACCAGCUCAGCCACCACCUGUAUUAACACGCUUUUCAACGCGGUAAAAAACGUGUUGCAAUUGAGUUCUCUCAGAGGUACUGCACUGGUUCCAAAGCUGGUAUACGUUAAGAUCUUUGGCAAAACAGAGACUGGACUGACAAGUAAUACUGAUGGCAGUACCUAUUUGGGUACCUGUCGUGUAUGGCAAGAUACCAACAACAGGCCAUCAUCGAGCAGUGAACAUUGGGACAAUGCUGCAUUUUUCACAGGAAUAAACCUAUCAGAUCCAGACGCCGGUGAAAGCCUUCUAGGCGUAGCCUACGUCGGUACUUGUAAAGCUUGGGGUGCGUCUCUUAGUGAGUUCCGUAGUCUUGAUGCCACAGCUGUCACGGCACACGAAAUCGGACACAACUUGGGAAUGUACCACGAUUCUUCCGGACCGACAAGUAGUUCCCAUAAUAGCUGCUCAUCGAAGGGCUAUUUGAUGGCUGCAUACAAUGACAACCAUCAAAAAGAUCUGGGCUGGUCUACUUGUAGCCGAUCCUACUACGACACUCGCAUCACCCAAACCACCUGCUACAACGAUGCCUAACUGGAUGAUCGGAUUUAUUGGGACACCACUCAAACUGAGUAAGAGGAAAAACCUGCGACAUUUCUGAAGUCUUCAAAAUGCAUUCAAAAUACUGGUCA